GGCCCUGUGAUUGGCCAUCGGGCGGUCUGGCGAGGGGUGAAGCCGGCGAGCGGCCCGUACUGCGCGGCAGACGCCGGGGGCUCGGGAGCGGGUUUGCUGUCAUGACUGAGGCCGCGUUUCAGAAGGCUGCGGAGGAGGUGAAGCAGCUCAAGUCCCAACCGACGGACCAGGAGAUGCUGGAUGUCUACAGCCACUACAAACAGGCAACGGUGGGCGACGUGAACACGGACCGCCCUGGUAUGCUGGACUUCAAAGGCAAAGCAAAGUGGGAUGCCUGGAGUGCAUUGAAAGGAACAUCCAAAGAAGAUGCAAUGAAAGCUUACAUAGCAAAAGUGGAAGAACUAAAAGGCAAAUAUGGCAUCUGAGGACUGGAUGUAGCAGCCACGUGCACACCUGAAACAUGCCUUAUUUCUAAUACUGUGGAAAACUGGUUUCUGAGCAUAAUUUUAAGUACUUGCCAUAUUGUAGAUGGUUCUCCUCAUGCCUGUAGUUCAGGGGGAAUUGUGUAUCCACCUAAUGUACUGACACAUUAGAAAUUCCUUCUGGGAACAAAAUCUGGAACUCAUUAAAGUGCAUUUGGUACUUUA